AUGGGGCAUCACUCUUGCUGCAACAAGCAGAAGGUCAAAAGAGGGCUAUGGUCACCGGAAGAAGAUGAAAAGCUCAUCAACUACAUCACAACUUAUGGACAUGGUUGCUGGAGUUCUGUUCCAAAACUAGCAGGCCUGCAGAGGUGUGGAAAGAGUUGCAGAUUGAGAUGGAUAAAUUAUCUAAGACCUGAUUUGAAACGUGGAAGCUUCUCUCCUCAAGAAGCCGCUCUCAUUAUCGAGCUUCAUAGUAUUCUAGGCAACAGGUGGGCUCAGAUAGCCAAGCACCUACCUGGAAGAACAGAUAAUGAGGUGAAAAACUUUUGGAAUUCAAGCAUAAAGAAGAAGCUGCUUUCUCAUGAUGUUGUUCCUUCUUUAGCCACAUUUUCUGAUUUUCACAGUCCUAUCAAUGGUUCCGUGGAAAGUUUCUUCCCUUUAACUGACAACCCUAUCGUAAACUCCCAUUAUCACUUAGACCAGCUAUACCUUCCCAUCAAUAUCCCAUCCCCAAUCCUACAAGGUUUUGAUCAUCACAAUGAUAUCAAGAUUGACAUAAACAACAGCAAUAAUCUCAAUUUCCUACAUUUUCAGAAUCCAAUGCCAGAAACAGUACCACCCUCCAAUAAUCCAUCAUUGUAUGAAGAUUCAUGGUCGUGGGGCUGUGUACCUAUUCAUCUUAAUCCAAAUCAGGAAAAUCAAAUCAUGACCAAAACUGAUACCACCCCAUAUUAUCUUGUUGAGAAAUUCAUCAAUCCAAGUACAUGGCAGCACUUGGUGGAACCAGUUGUGCCAAAACUCUGUGAGAGCAUUGAGCAUUUUGUCUGUAGCAUCCCAUAUUCUUCUUCUGCUUCACAAGAACAUGAGGAGGCUAUUGCGUGUUACGCACCUGGUAUUUGUCCACCACAGGAUCAAACUGUGGAAGCCAAUCAAGUGGAGUACAUCGAUGCCCUCAUCAUGUCAUCGUUGCCAUCAUCAACAACAUCAUCUUCAUCAGUAUCAUUCUAUCAAGCAGAGAAAUAA